AUGAUUCAAGCCGAUGGCCGGGAUAUCAAGAUCGUUCCCUUGGGUGCCGGACAGGAUGUAGGCCGAAGCUGCAUCCUGGUGACGAUCGGCGGCAAGAAUAUUAUGCUUGAUUGCGGAAUGCACAUGGGCUACCAGGACGAGCGCCGCUUCCCGGAUUUCUCAUACAUCUGCGGGCACCCGAUCCCACCGCCUGGGCAGCAAGCAGACCGGGAUCGCCUGCUGGAUAACUACCUAGACUGCGUCAUCAUCUCCCAUUUCCACCUCGACCACUGCGGAUCGUUGCCGCAUAUGAGCGAGAUCGUCGGCUACAGCGGAAAAAUCUACAUGACGUACCCGACAAAGGCGAUCGCCCCUGUGCUUUUGGAGGACUACCGGAAAGUGCAGACCGAGUUCCGGGGCGACAAGAAUUUCUUCACUAGCGAGCACAUCAAGAAUUGCAUGAAGAAGGUCGUCCCCGUCAAUAUUCACGAGACGGUGCAGGUGGACGAUGAGUUAUCAAUCCGGGCCUUUUAUGCGGGACACGUGCUCGGCGCGGCCAUGUUCGAGGUGCGCGUCGGAAAGCAUUCGGUGCUGUAUACAGGCGAUUACAACAUGACUCCGGAUCGCCACCUCGGAGCCGCCAGGGUUUUGCCGGGGCUGCGACCUGAUUUGCUGAUCAGUGAGAGCACCUACGCCACGACGAUUCGCGACUCUAAACGCGCCCGUGAACGUGAUUUCCUGAAGAAGGUCCACGAAUGCGUGCAGAAUGGCGGAAAAGUCCUAAUCCCGGUCUUUGCCCUCGGCCGUGCGCAAGAGCUCUGCAUCCUCCUCGAGUCCUACUGGGAGCGUAUGGCGCUGAAGGUGCCCAUCUACUUCUCGCAGGGCUUGGCCGAAAAGGCGAACCAGUAUUAUCGCCUUUUCAUCAACUGGACCAACGAGAAGAUCAAGAAAACGUUUGUGGAGCACAACAUGUUCGACUUCAAGCAUAUCCGCCCGUUCGACAUGCAACUGGCGAACGACCCGGGCCCGAUGGUGCUAUUUUCCACGCCGGGCAUGCUACACGGCGGCCAAAGUCUGCGCGUCUUCAAGCAGUGGUGCGACAACCCGAAAAACAUGAUUAUUAUGCCCGGCUACUGCGUGGCGGGCACGGUGGGCGCCAAGGUGAUCGGCGGCGUGAAGAAGAUCGAGAUCGAGGGGCGAAUGCACGAUAUCAACCUCGCCGUCGAGUACAUGUCGUUCAGCGCGCACGCCGAUGCGAAGGGCAUUAUGCAGUUGAUCCGGGACUGCAACCCACGUCAUGUCAUGUUCGUCCACGGCGAGAAACUGAAAAUGGAUUUCCUGAAGGAUAAAGUUGCAAAGGAGUUUGGCGUUCGUGUUUUUUGCCCAGCAAACGGAGAAAGCGUCUCGAUUCCGACAGAGAUUGGCAGAGACAUCAGCGUGCCGGCUGAUAUGGUGAGCAGAAGCAUCGCGCUCGACCCGACCCCGGGCAAACGGUCGUGUCCGUUCCGCGGCUGUCUGGUCAUCGACCGCCAGUUCAACAGCCUCGAGGUGGUGCCCUACGAGAAGGUGGCCAAGGAGUUCAACGUGCCCCUCCACACGAUCACGCUCAGCCAAAAAGUGACGACGAAGGGGGACAUCAGCUGGGAGAAGCUGAUGGAAGGGCUCAGCAAGCACGACGCCGAGCUGCAGAUGAAACAGGAUGGCAUCGAAAUGUUCCACGGCGAGAUAUGCGUAAUGUCGAUCGGACGCCAGAAAAAUGAGCUAGAGCUGAUCUGGGACGAGUGCCGCGAAUUCUGGAAGCCCGUGAUUCUGAAGGAGAUUGAGCGCAUCGUCAACGACGACGAGGGCACAAGAUCGGAGGCGGCGGUUCGAUCCCAC